UAAACGCACAUUUUCAAACACCAUCAGCUGUCAAAAUUUGGUUUCAAUAACAAAACGUGCGCGAUUUCAAAGACGAGAGACUCUUUGCAAACGAAAAAAAAAACACAAUAAAAUUGUACUAUAUUAAUAGGAAAGAUGACACUUUCGGCGCCUGAAGACAGUAAAAAUACGGAUGCAAUUUCGAAAAACCACGAGAAGAAAAUUCAACGGAAACAAAAGCGAUGUCAAUACAUGAUUGCAAAUGAUGCAGGCGUUGUUUGCUGUGACGAACCAACGAAGAAUUUAGUGAUAUGCAAUGCUGGAUUAUCGACUGGACUCGAUCAAACUGCACUUGUGUCAGAGUUUUCGAAAUUUGGUGCCUUAUCUGAUUUAUGCCUGUUGCGUGAUAAAUCCUACUGUUUUGUUAUUUGUGCCGAUGCAACCAACGCAAAACAGAUUUAUGAAGGAACUCACGCUAAAAGUCGUCUGGGCCAGAAUGACACAGUCAUCUACUUGACCUAUUGUAUCGAAGUUCCGGCAAAAGAUAUCAAUGACAAGACUCAACAGUGUUUGCCACCGGGCUUGGUGAUCGUUGAAAAUUUUAUAACACCAGCCGAAGAGGCGAUACUCAUCAAUUUGAUUGAGUGGAAUCAAGCGGAGGAAAGUGGUUCGGUGCUGAAGCAUCGUCAAGUGAAACAUUUUGGCUAUGAAUUUCGAUACGAUACCAACAAUGUGGAUGCAGACAAACCAUUGCUCAAUGAGAAAAUACCCGAUGAUUGUAACUUUCUCUGGGAUAAAUUCCGGGAGCAGAAAAUAAAUGACGUUUUAAAUGAGCCACCCCAGCAAAUAACUGUCAACAAAUAUGAACCAGGACAAGGCAUUCCACCGCAUGUAGACACCCACAGUGCUUUUGAAGAUGCCAUAGUGUCCUUGUCGUUGGCCAGUGAUAUUGUUAUGGAAUUUCGAAAACCGAGUCCGACGAAUGGCAAAGAGUAUGUAGCGCAUGUUUCAAUAUCGCUGCCGCGACGAUCGCUACUCAUAAUGUCGGGCGAAUCGAGAUAUGGCUGGAAGCACGGUAUUACAUCAAGAAAAAUUGACGUGAUUCGAGACGCUGCUGGUCAUCUCACCACAAAAUUCCGCUCCAAACGCAUUUCAUAUACGUUUAGAUGGUUAUCCAAAGUAACCGAGUGUAAAUGUGAGUUCCAUUCGCUGUGUGAUACGCAUAAAAAACAGAAACCGAAAGGAAAUGCCACCGGAAAUUCGAUUGAAAAUCCAUCGUUGUGCGAAUUAGAGAAUGUACACAAAGUGUAUAAUGAAAUAGCGAAUCACUUUAGUGAGACGAGACAUUCGCCGUGGCCUCAAGUCAAUGAAUUCAUUCAACAAUUUGAGAAAGGCAGCGUUCUUGUUGAUAUUGGCUGUGGCAACGGCAAGUACUUGCAGUCAAAUCGUGAUAUCUUUGAAAUUGGAUGUGAUCGGAGCGAUGGCCUUUUGAAUGUAUGUCGUGAGCGAGAGUUCAACAUAUUUCAAUGUGAUUGCUUGGCUGUUCCGGUGCGAUCGAAUUCCGUCGAUGGGUGCAUUAGUAUUGCAGUAAUUCAUCACUUGGCGUCUGAAGAGCGUCGCCGGCGUGCUGUAGGUGAAAUGGUUCGCAUACUCCGUCCAAAGGGCAGAGGCUUAAUUUAUGUAUGGGCCAAGAAUCAAGCGGUAAAAUGUAAAUCAAGUUACCUGCUGCAGAAUAAACGAAACCAACGAAAAGAUGACAAAGAGUGUAAUGAAAGUAACGACAUUGAGCAGAGCUCAGGGACAUCAGAAAUUGUCAAUUCAACCAACUGCACAUCAUCCCUGCCAAUUCAUACGAAUCGUACACAAUUCGAGCACACCGACAUUUUGGUGCCAUGGAAAUUGAAAAAUUCAACAAAAGCAUCCAACCAAGACGGCGCAGGCGAUCAGCAUCCAACGACAUUUCUUCGAUUUUAUCACGUUUUCGAGGAAAAUGAAUUAGAAACGCUGUGCAAACAAUUUGAAAACAUUUCAAUUGUAAAGAGCUACUACGAUCAGGGCAAUUGGUGUGUGAUUUUUCAAAAGAAUGGAGCUAAUUGAUCUGUAUAAAAAAAAAAAGAUGUAAAUUUAAUAAACAAAAGAAACUAAAAUUUCAACAAAAAAAA